CACGCUUUCGACUGUCGGGCCAAGAUUAACGACUGGACAUUUGAAUGGGGAAACCCAGAAUACCCUCAUAAUGGCCGGACGUAUGCAGUACCGCAUCCCGCAAAUCCAAGAUGCCAGAACUCCUAUUUUGUAAAACGAUCAUGGACUGGAAAUACAAACUUCAAGUCAAAAUGUUUUCUGAUAAAAACGUACAAUGUAGGCUAUCUUAAAGAAUGCAAGAUAAAAGCGUGUCAUGACAAGGCUAAUGCUUUUAACAUCCAUGCACUACAGACGGACACUAUUGACAUCAAAGAACAUAGUUGUGAAACUAUGCACUGUUCAUGGAAUGUUGCCGCAGACGACUAUAACUUUAAAAUUGUCCCUACUAAUACGAAACAUGUUCAUAUUUACAGCCUUUCCCAUGUCACCCAGCCUUGUAACACUGUUUUCUGGAAUGAAUCAGUAAUGAUUCCAGCAGGCGUUCCCCAAUGCACAGGAGUGGUAAAGUUCCAGAAUACACUCAUUACUAAUGAUCAAAAUCCUGAAUUUAUUUGCAGGGCAGGUUUUAAUUCUCUUCAAACUCACGAGUCUGGGAAUUUAGCGUUUAAGUGUGAGAGUAAUGACGAAGGGACAGGCUGGAAAUAUUAUAAUAUUGAAAAAUGUUUUAAACCAGAAAAAAAGACUUCACUACGUCACCCUGCAGCUGGUCUACAUCCAUCGUAA